AUGCUGAACAACCCAGGCUUAUCGCUAUCCAUUUUCGGCGGACUGCUUCUUGUACUUUUUGUCGCCCGACAUGUUUCACAAGCCAUCACACAUCGUCGACGAGCGCGUCGGCUCGGAUGUGCCCCAGCUCCCCUUCAGAGCACUGGUUUCCCGUUGGGUCUGCCCAAAGUACUCGAGAUGCUGAGAGCGGACGAAGGGCACCGCUUUCCCCAAUACCUGCAGGAGGAGAACCAAGGCAUCAAACGGAAGUUUGGACGCAACACGCAGACUGUGGAAUCAUCAGUGCUCGGUCAGCGACGGUUCAUGACUACCGACCCUGUCAAUGUCAGGGCAAUUCUGGCGACGCAGUUUAAGGAGUUUGGGCUCGGUAAACCUCGAAAUGAUUGUCUGGCCUUGCUACAAGGAUAUGGUGUGUUCUCAUCAGACGGCGAGCAAUGGGAACAUUCUCGAGCAAUGCUUCGGCCGCAGUUCGCGCGAGAGCAGAUCGACGAUCUAUCCCUGCAAGCUAAGCACUCCGAACAAAUGAUGCAAGCCAUCGAUGCAAGUGUGGACAUCAAGACCGGUUGGUCACAACCUAUCGACAUACAGCAGAUUUUCUUCCGCUUCACAAUGGACAGUUCAACGGAGUUCCUGUUCGGUACAAGCUUGGACAGUCAGCUUGGGCCCCUCAAUAAGUCGUCAGCCGCAUAUGAUAUUGAUUUCGAUGAAGCUGCUUUCGUCGAAGUGUUCGAUGCGUCGCUUGACCACAUGACGCGAGGCUUGCGGCUCGGGGCGUUUUACAAACUGGCGCACACCAAGGAAGCUAAGCGAGUCUGUGCUGUCGUACAAGGCUCCGUCGACAAGUAUGUUCAGGCAGCCCUUGAUCGUAGAGCCCGGGCCGAGUCCAAGCCUGGCGAGAAGCGACGAUACAUCCUCGCGGAUGCGUUGGUCGAGGAAACCAAGGAUCCAGUCGAGAUCCGAAAUCAACUUUUGAACGUCCUCAUCGCAGGUCGUGACACAACAGCCUCCCUGCUAGGUUGGUUGUUCCUCCUCUUGGCCCGCCAAUCCGAGGAAUAUAAACGCUUACGAGCCGAGACCCAUCAAACUUUCGGCCCAUAUGAAGACCCAAGGAAUCUCACUCACACUGGCCUGCGAUCUUGCACACUCUUGCAGCAUUGCCUCAACGAGGCGCUGCGCCUGUUCCCGCUGGUCCCUAUCAACCUCCGUAAAUGUCUCGUGCCAUUCACCACACUUCCUCGCGGCGGUGGCCCGCUCGGACAGGAUCCAAUCUACGUGCGUGCCGACGACGACGUCUUCUACACGACGGUGAACAUGCACCGCGACGUCGCUUUCUGGGGCGUUGACGCUCACGACUUCCGACCCGCGCGAUGGCAGACAGUGAAGCCUGGGUGGCAAUUCCUUCCGUUCAAUGGCGGACCACGAAUAUGUCUGGGACAGCAGUUUGCAAUCAAUCAAGCUAGCUUUGUCAUGGUUCGGCUGUUGCAACGCUUCGACGAUGUCAUUGGCGUCGAUCUACCUGCGCCUGGAGAGGAGCUGCAUCAUUUGACGGUCACGGACGCUUGCGCUACUGGGGUAAAGGUGAAGUUGCGACGGGCGCAAGGUUGA